UUCAAUUUUGUGGGGAAAUUGCUUGGACCAAGAGGAAACUCCUUGAAGAGACUGCAGGAAGAAACAGGUGCUAAAAUGUCUAUCCUGGGCAAAGGAUCAAUGAGAGAUAAAGCAAAGGAAGAAGAACUAAGGAAGAGUGGGGAAGCCAAAUAUGCCCACUUGAGUGAUGAACUUCAUGUAUUAAUUGAAGUGUUUGCUCCGCCAGGGGAAGCUUAUUCACGUAUGAGUCAUGCAUUAGAAGAGAUUAAAAAAUUCCUGGUUCCCGAUUACAAUGAUGAAAUUCGUCAGGAACAACUACGUGAAUUAUCUUACUUAAAUGGCUCAGAGGACUCUGGUCGCGGCAGAGGUAUUAGAGGCAGAGGGAUCAGAAUAGCUCCCACGGCUCCUUCAAGGGGUCGUGGGGGUGCCAUUCCUCCUCCCCCACCACCUGGAAGAGGCGUCCUCACCCCUCGAGGGACCACUGUGACCCGUGGAGCUCUUCCAGUGCCCCCUGUAGCAAGAGGCGUCCCUACCCCAAGAGCGCGGGGGGCACCAACAGUGCCAGGUUACAGGGCACCUCCUCCUCCGGCCCAUGAGGCUUAUGAAGAAUAUGGGUAUGAUGAUGGCUAUGGGGGUGAAUAUGAUGACCAGACCUAUGAGGCUUAUGAUAACAGCUAUGCCACCCAAACACAAAGUGUACCUGAAUACUAUGACUAUGGUCAUGGAGUAAGUGAGGAUGCCUAUGACAGCUACGCACCAGAAGAAUGGGCCACAACCCGCUCCAGCCUGAAGGCACCACCGCCAAGGUCAGCCAGAGGGGGAUACAGGGAGCACCCCUAUGGUAGAUAUUGAAGGUCUUCCUCACCUGUGACCUCACCUCAAAGACAAUUCAUAGCCUGUGGUCUCCACAUAAACAGCAAAAAUACAAGUAAUAGUCCUUUUUUUUUUUUUUUCUUUCCUUUUCUAGGGAUAACUGCUCAUGAUUACUCCCAUAUAUUUCUUGUAUUUCCCUUUAUAAUGUUGACGUGACAUUGACGGACUUAAAAAGACAUUGGCAAGCAUUGUCUAUAACCCAUUCAGUAGGAUGAUACUCUCUUGGUUGUUUUUCAUUGUGUGUGUAAUUUUUUAUUUUUUUUUAAUGAAAAAGCAUGAAUCUGUUCAAAGAUUUUGAGUCUCAACCAGCUAGCAAAAAUUUGUUUAGGGUUGCUAAAAGACUGUAAUAUGAUUUUUGAACUAGCUGAUAAUAAAGUUGUAGAUAAGAUGUUUUAACCUGUCUUUUAAUAUCUGUUAGUUAGAUGAAGAUGUUCAAUAUUAAUUAUGUAAAUUUAAUUUUAAAUGCUGUUUUAAUGGGGUUGAAAACAAGCAGCUACUGUAUGUAUGUAGCAAACUGAAUUUGUUCAGUGUUUUAACCUGUAUUUGUUAAAAAAGAAAAAAAAACACACAUAAAGUUCCAUGUGUAAGCUUCUCUAAAUAGGAAACCACAAUUUGUCAAAUAUGUUUGCCAUAAUUUGUCAAUAAAGCUGAAAAUUUUUGUAAAAACUAAAUUUGGAAUUACUUGUUUUCUAGCUUUAAAUGCCUGCUUUAUUUCUUCUUCAAGAGAUGCCUAAAAUGUUUUCUAUUUAAAAAUUACAAAAAUGAACCCAAGCUUGUUUUAAGAUAUUUGUGUAAUACUUAAAAAAUGUAUUAAUAACUUAUGGUUGUUAAAUAAUUUAAAAGUUAACAAACUAAACUGUUACUUGAAUCAUGGUUAGUCAACACUAAUGUAUAACAUGUUAAUGGAAAAAAAUGGAUCUAGAAUAAUAAAUGGAUUUUAAACUAU